AUGAUGGCGCCCUUGGGAGAUGCAGAUCACUGCCGUGACAAGGCUCGCAGAGACCUGCUCGCCCUGCUCGAAGGCGCCAGGGGCAAGAAGAACCUCGUCAUCAGCCAGGAGCUGGCGGGUCCGGUCGGCUUGUUCGUCAAGUUCUCCGUGCUUCAGGAAUACGGUGUAGACCGCGUGUUUCUGCUGGAGAAUGCAAACAUCGACUCCUCCCAGCGCAAUGUCGUCUUUCUCGUUCGUGGAGAGAAGGCGCAGCAUGUGCGCACGGUGGCUGAGCAAAUCAAACGUCUACAGAACAAUGGAAAUGUUGAACAUGAAUUCUCCAUCCUUUUCGCUCCCCGGCGAACCCUCAUUAGCAAUGCCGUGCUGGAAGAGGCCGGCAUCAUCGGCGAUGUCAACAUCGCCGAGUUCCCGCUCUACUUCUUGCCAUUGGAACAGGACAUUCUAUCAUUAGAGCUGAACGAUGCUUUCAGUGAUUUGUACCUGAACAAGGACCCGGGCUGCAUCUUCCAUGCCGCCAAAGCUCUCAUGGGCAUCCAACAGAAGCAUGGCUAUUUUCCUCGAAUCGUCGGAAAGGGCGACAAUGCACGUCGUCUGGCAGAUCUUUUGCUGCGGAUGCGAAAAGAGCUCGACGCCGAAGAGAGCUCUGGCCUUGCAGACCCGGGCGCUCGAGGCCUUCUCCCGAGUGCAGACACAGAAAACCUGAUCAUUAUCGACCGCGACGUUGAUUUUGGAACUCCACUCUUGACGCAACUAACCUACGAAGGUCUAAUUGAUGAGUACGUCGGCAUCAAGAAUAACCAGGCCGACGUUGAUACCAGCAUUGUGGGACAGGCGCCUGCACCGCAGUCUCAGGAAUCAUCCAAGACGCCCCAGCAGGCCAAGCAGGGACUGAAAAGAAAAAUUCAGCUGGAUGCGUCCGAUCAAUUAUUCAACCAACUCCGAGAUGCAAACUUUGCCAUUGUGGGUGAUAUCUUGAACAAGGUAGCUCGCCGCCUGGAAAAUGAAUACGAAACCCGUCACUCAGCCAAGACCACAAACGAGCUUCGAGAUUUCGUGAAUAAACUACCGACUUAUCAAUUGGAACACCAGAGUCUUCGGAUCCACACAAAUCUCGCAGAGGAGAUUAUGAGACUCACUCGAUCCGAGACCUUCCGGAAGGUGUUGGAAGUCCAGCAGAAUUAUGCCGCAGGCGCCGAUCCCACAUAUCAACACGAAACCAUCGAAGAGCUCAUUGCCCGUGACGUUCCGCUGAAAAGUGUACUUCGUCUCCUGUGUCUAGAGUCCUGCAUGUCAGGCGGACUCCGCCCACGCGACCUGGAGAACUUCAAGAGACAGGUCGUCCAGGCAUAUGGCCACCAGCACUUGCUGACCUUCUGGGCCCUGGAGAAGAUGGAGCUCCUGCAGCCCCGGUCCUCAGCUACAAGCAUGCUUCUCCCCACGUCCGGCGCGCAAGCCGGCACAAAGACAAACUACGGAUACCUACGGAAGAACCUGCGCCUGGUAAUUGAGGAGGUCAGCGAGAAGGAUCCCAACGACAUCUCUUACGUCUACAGUGGAUUCGCUCCACUCAGCGUGCGCCUAGUCCAAUGCGUCCUGCAAAAACCCUACAUCCUCUCCUUGGUCAAGGGCGGGUCCCCUGCCGCGUCAGUAAACAACCCUAGCGCAGCAUCUCCCGGAUGGCUCGGAUUUGAGGAUGUCGUCAAGAGUGCCCGCGGCUCCACCUUUAGCCUUGUCCAGAAGGGAGACGAUAAGGCUGUGCGGGCCCGCCAGACCCUCAGUGGAAAUGCCGCUACCAAGACGGUGUAUGUCUUCUUCCUUGGAGGUAUUACCUUUACGGAGAUUGCUGCGCUGCGCUUCAUUGCUGCUCAGGAGGCACCGCGCCGACGGAUUAUUAUUUGCACGACAAAUUUGAUUAGCGGCGAUCGCAUGAUGGACGUUGCCAUUGAAAAGGGCAGCUUUGCGAAAGCCGCGUAG